UCGGGAGAGUUGCCAACAGUCUGGAAGCAAUUCUCUACCCAACAAAAACUAUUAUUAUUAUUUUGUAGUCUUCGGCCGGCGCCGGUUUGUUCGGUUUCUUUUAUACAGUUAGAUAAUCCACAUCAUUUGAAUUAAAUUAAUGAUCGACUUUGGUGGAGAGAAAGGAAUGGUGGACGAACCAUAAGUAUCGAGUAGGAAUAAUAAGAAUAAUAGUAUAGGAAUCGCAGCGAUUGUAACAACCAUUGUGCGGUGGAAAAUUGAAAUUGUAACAAUCGCAUCCACGAAAAAAGGUGGCUAAAGAUAGAAUAUGGGUAAAAAGCAAUCGUUACGCAGCAAAGCAGCUCACUUUGUAUCUGAUCUCACCACUGUUCUUCUCAACCCGAUCUCUGAUAACCUAACCAACAGCAACAACAACAAACCCUCUCCUCCUCUUGAGGAAGCGGGUGAAUUUGAAUCUGAAUCAAGAGGGAGUGAAUCAGAGGGUAUCCGUGAUUUAGUUGAUGGGCCUGAUACUUCGUCAUUUGCUGCAUUCCUCUAUUCUUUUUUGUCUUCCUCGGAUUCUGAUGACCAUGCUGAUCCGGAUGGGCAGGUUCAUCAUGAUAUAAUAACUGUUGCGGAUGAUCCUUUAUCAGACCUAGCCAUGAAGGAAAACGUUGUUCUUAAGAAGAGUUUGUUGUUUACUGCCAUUCACCAAAUUCAGCUUGUCGAGAAUCAGCCUAAGACGGAUUUGGUUGAUGAGCCCCCUGAAACUUCGGAGCCUUCCAUGCUCAUCUCGGCUGCUGUAAGGAAUGCCAUGUAUGCUUCGCUUCCUAGUCUUGUUCAAGGGAGAAAAUGGAUGUUGCUAUACAGCACCUGGAGGCAUGGUGCAUCACUUUCAACUCUUUAUCGAAGGAGCAUGCUUUGGCCUGGAUUGAGUUUGUUGGUUGUUGGUGACCGUCAAGGAGCAGUAUUUGGUGGCCUGGUUGAAGCACCUCUUAGACCUUCCACCAAGAAAAAGUACCAGGGUACAAACAGUUCAUUUGUUUUCACAAAUACCUCCGGUCAUCCUGUUAUAUAUCGUCCAACAGGAAAAAAUCGCUACUUCACGCUUUGCACCAGUGACUUUCUAGCUAUUGGUGGAGGAAGUAAUUUUGCGCUUUAUUUGGAGGAUGAUCUAAUGCAUGGAUCAAGUUCAGUCUCAGAAACCUAUGGAAAUCCUUGCCUUGCACAUUCUAGAGAGUUUGAAGUGAAGGAAGUUGAGUUGUGGGGCUUUGUAUUUUCUUCACAGUAUGAGGAAAUAGUGGCAUUGAGCAAAACAGAGGCACCUGGGAUCUGUCAUUGGUGAAUAUCUCUGGUGUUUACAAGAUGUUAGUCUGAUAAUGCCUUGCUGUUUGUGUUCUAUUGGAUGGUUGUGUUGAGUCAUAAAACCAACAGUGUCCUGCAAGUACUGGGAUUGUGAUGGAGAAGUUUUAUGCGUCCACCCAUGUUAUCCAAAUGUAAAUAUUUGCAAGGACAGUACAAUGGUUCUUCUCCUUCACAAAAAUUGUCAAUUUUGUGUUUUCACACUUAAAAGGUGAUGGAGGAAAACUAAGGAUAGAACUCGUAUAGCUUGGCUAUUUUUUGAGUCUAGAACGGGAAUGUUAAUCGGGGAGAAGGUCUUAGGCAUUCAUAAACAGGGAUCCUUUGGUGGCUAAUUUCUAUUAUCCAUAGUUACUGUUGGCUAAUUGGCUUAA